AUGGACACUUGUUUCGAGCUUCUAAACCAGCAGUCCUUUUACAUCAUACAGCUCACAAUGGAAAAACACGAAGAAAACUGGCUGUCCUUCCUUAACGUGGAAAUGCCGUGGUCCAACGCUCACCGUUGGAAAACAAAGAAAUCAGUCAUUCGGAACAUGUUUAGGACAGCUGUAAGGGUGACAUCUUAUGUCCAGGAGCGGAUCGAUGCGGUUAACCUAGCGCAGCGGAUCGCAACCUCUAAUGGUUACAUUGUUGAUUCACCUCGUAGACCAGGUCUUAUUGCGCAGCGAGAUUAUGCCAAGAUGGAUGACUCCAGAAAGAUCAGUUUCUGCUUACCUUUCAUAACCGACUACCUGAGUAAGGCGAUAACGACCAGUCUGGUUAGGUGUGGUCUCGAUGACCAAGUGAGAGUUGUGGAAAUACCUCCCACAAUUCUCAAGAAGCAGUUAGUGCGAAAUAGAAUGUACGAUCGCAUUUGCCUGAUUCAAAACUGUGCAAUAUGUCCAUUUGGUAAGGCAGGCGACUGCAUGGUCUCUGGCGUAGUUUAUUUGAUUUCGUGCAAAACAUGCGGCGAGCAAUAUAUUGGCGAAACAGGGCGACCUCUUUGUGUUUGUAUUAAACAACAUCUAGAUGGGAUGAAGCAUUCAAACGCAGCAACGCAUCUCGGAACCCAUCGCAGAAAAUGUCGUGAAAAUGCUCGUUUCUGCAUAUCUGCCACGAUCCUAUCGUACAAACCCGAAAUUUUGACCCGCAGAAGUUUGGAGGCGUUUUGA